UACCGUACACCAAAAAAGGAAGCAUUUGAGCGAUUCAGACACAACGAGGAGAAACGGCUACGAGAGAUAUGGGAGCAGAACCAGGUUGCUAUGAAGCGGGAACGGCAGGGUUUGGAGAAACAGCGGAAAGCGGCGGAGAUUCUGCCGACCAAGAGGGAACGCAAAGAAGUCGAACUGCUCAAAACGGCCCACCAGGCCCUCCAAGCCGACUUCAAGGAAAAGGAAACCCGCAUGACGCACGCAUACGAGCGGCUCAAACGGAAAGCCGACGACCUCAAGAAGGAAAACAGCGAGUUGCGGAUCCGCGUGGAGGAGCUUGCGAGGGAGAACGCCGGGCUGGUUAGUCUGGAGCGGGAGAGGGAGAGGGAGAAUCGCGUUGGUGUCCGUAAGAUGGCUAGUUUCAAUAAUAAAAGCAGCGGGGUGGCUGUGGUGAGGCAUACCCAUCCCAAGACGCCGGAAACGGUUGUUGGGGCGCGGCAAAGGGAGGGGAGUGAGGAACCGCCGGUGAGGGUCAAGUCGAACGCGGGGGUGAAGCCCGCCCCCACCUCGGCUGUGACGAAGGUGAGGGUUGGGACGGCGAUGACGAGGAUGCAGCCUAGGAGUCCGCCGGGGGAGGCGGUGGACGCUUUGGGUGCCAAGGCGAGGGAGUUGGAGUUGCCUGAGAUUGUUGAGCAAUGGGUGGGCGACGGCGGAAAGACCGAACGGCGCUACGCGAACGGGACGUGCCUGACGUGGUACCAAAACGGCACGAUCAAGGAGACGCGCGAGAGUGAUGGGAUCACUAAGAUUCAUUAUGCGAUUGGGGAUUGGAAGGAGAUCCUCCCCGACGGCGACACAAACUACUGGUUCGAAACCAACAAAGCGCUGCAAACCCGCUUCGCCGACGGCCGCACGCGCACUCGAUACACCGACGGCCAAGAAGAAUGGCAAUACACCGACGGCAGUUCGGAGAUUGUGUUCGCCGACCGCACCGUCCGAAUCACCUACGCCGACAACGGGUCGUUACAGGAAGAGACGCAUUUCCCCGACGCGCGCGUGCAGCGGUUGGAGCGGACGACGCGGAGGGCGGUGGUGCAUGUGGAUGGGACGGUGGAGCUGGUGUAUGAGGAGGGCGUGAAGGUGGUGAAACGCGCGAACGGGAGUGUGGUGACGGUGGCGAGGUGUGGGACGCGGGAGACGAGGUAUUUGGAUGGGAGGGUUAGGGUUAAGGCUGGUGAUGGCCGGCUGAUAUACGAGACGUAUAUGGAUGACGCCGAGCAUGAGCGGCAGUUGCAGGCUCUCAAGGCGUAAAAAGCACACCUGAUCCAACUCGCAUCCACACCGCCCUGCAAGGGCACCUGUCACUGGGAUGAGCUGCCGGAUGGUCAGUCCCCCCCCUACGCGGUGCCUCCGGCACCCCUCCGUCAACUGCAGCUCUUGGAUCAUCGCGCCCAUAUACCCCGACCCCGCGCAUCUCUCCCAUGGACCCGGCUGCCAUGAAAUGCGACAAGACUGCACAUGUAUUUCCCGUGGUUGUUUACCACGCCCUGCAUCACCCAUCCCCCAUCUUGUCGGCGAUGCGUGGGAUGUGGAGAUGGAAGUGAUUGGACCUGUUUGUAGAGCUCCUGUAUAGUUAUUUGGGUCGGAGCGGCGCAGACAGUUUUGGGGUCGAGGGGGUUUUGUGAUUAGAG